GGUCUCUUUCUUGCCGGUGUUGUUGCGCGUAUACCCGCGUAGACGCGCACCGGUGGAGAUCCGCGUCUUCGUCGCGUGUACACGGGUUGGAGGGCAGUAGAAACCCCAAAAGAAAACGGGGAAUGAAAAUUCAAUGAAAGAAAUCGAUCGAAUAAUAGAAAGAACAACAACAAAAUAAGUAUUCUGUAGAUGAGGAUUCUCGUGUGCGGUACGGCGCAGCCGCCCCUCCGCUUCUGCCGGUCCGCGUCGCUGCUGCACCGAGCACCUCUCCGACCAUUUUCUGUGAGAUGGGCGGUUGCUGCAGCGCUCACCACGGCCGCAGCGGGCACCACGAUGAGGCGGCAGCGCGCCUUCUUCCACACGCAGCUAACACGACCCGCGGCCACCCUGCGGUGUGCCUACCGCACGUUCGGUGACGCCGCAGUCACCGCCGCCGAGCUGCGCGCCGCGCUGCGCACGCUGAACCUACGCGAUGACUGCACUGAGGCAGAGGUGAAGCGCGCAUUUCAGGCCUUUGCCAUCCUGCACCACCCCGACAUGAACGUCGCGGCAGCGUCUUCGUCAUCGUUGUCUGAUGGCAGCGCAGCCGCCGUCGCUGACACAGACGAAGGCAGCGGUGCUGCAUCGUCUACCACCAAAACAUCUUCAACACCGCCGUCAGCAGCCGCCGCCGCAACAGCAGCGGACGCGUCGAGGCGCACGGCGGCGGAGAGCGCGGAGAUGAUGCACCGCGGCACGGAGGCCUAUCACCUCCUUCGGCAAGUGCCUUUCGAGGUGCGGCAGCGCAUCUUGAGGGAGGGACGUCACGGAGGCAGCAGCGGCGGCGACGGGCGCUUCCGCGGACCCUUCCGUGACUUUCAGUUUACGGAGGAAGAGUACGCGAAGGCGCAGCGCGUUUAUCAGGGUGACCGCAACCGACGGCGGCAGCGUCGCAGAAACGGCAGCAGCGGCGAGGACGGCGAUGACACCGACGAUUUUUUUGAUCUGCGCACCGAGGAAGGUCGCCGUCGUGCAGCGCGCUUUCAGGAGGUGACGUCCCACAUCGCUGAGAUGCGACGGCGGGGUAGGCGAGACGACCUGCCGCCUUGGCGGGUGCGCGACGGCGCCGACUCCACGGCGGCUGCGUUUAACGCCGCAUCGUCAUCAUCGUCGUCGUCUUCGACCGCCUCCGGCGCUUCCGCCGGCCAAAAACAAGGUCGUGCGCGCCAGCGGCGGGGUGGGAAUGGCAAGGAGGGCGAAGGCGGGUCACGGCCGCGGCAGUCGCACUCACCCGGCACCGGUCCGCGCAACCCAAACCGUCUAGGCCUGCAUUUUUUUAACUCCGCCGUGUCGAACCUCAACAACGUCCGCGACCUCUACCGCAGUCGUCCGGGAUUUGCCGGGAUGGAUGGAAGCUCCUACGACAACCCAAACAGUGCGUCGCGUGUGGCGGCCGAGUUGGCGGCAAAUCCACACCUGCGCCAGUACAUUCUAAUGAAGCACCGGGCCCAGGAAAAGGCGAUUGUCGACCGCGCCGUCCGGCAGCCGCUGCUGCUGUUUUUGAUUCUGGUGUGUGGUAUCGUGCUGGUGCUGACGGGUGUGAAGGUUGCGAGAUCGAGCAGUGCGCGGGCCCGGCAAGACGAGGCGAUUCGUGAGCGCGACGAAGAACGCGGUGGCGCGUAA